AUGACUUGUGGGUGUGGGAAAUGGCAAGGAUCACGGAUCCCUUGCAAGCGUGGGCUAAGGGUCAUUUACAACCAGAGACUUGAUCCUAGGGACUUUGUCUCACCUUUCUACAAUGGGGCUGCUUACAAACUCACUUAUGGAGACCACAUCCACCCCAUGGCUGAUCCAACUCAUUGGCCUUCACUAGAUGUGCCAGAAAUUGCACCACCCCAAGGGAAAAGAAAUGCUGGCAGACCACCUAAGCAAAGGAGAAGAGCUGCUCAUGAGGCAAAAAAAGGAAAGAGGCAUAAGAAUAACAAAUGCAGCCUAUGCAAAGAACUAGGCCACAAUGCAGUGACAUGCAAGGCAAAAAAGGCAUCAUCAAAGAAGACAACACAUGCAGCUUCCUCUUCACAGCAAGGAUCGUUCCAUCCUACAAUCCAAUCCUACGAUUCGAUCCCACCAGUUGAUUUCAAUCCUACGUGGAUUACAGGAGAUGGGUUGAAGAGAGCGGUAAUAGGAAGAGUAAAGAAAUUUAGAAAUGAAUCCUUCCCAACGUUGGAAGGCCACCCAGCUGCACAGACUCAUGCUAAAGAAGCCUUGGAACAGUCCACAUCAUUGAGAGGGAAAGGGAAGAAAGAAUUUAGGAUAUAUAGAUGGAAUCCUCAAUUCCCUAAUCAUAAGCCUUUUCUUCAGUCCUACUUCCUCGACCUCUCUACUUCUGGCCCUAUGGUUUUAGAUGCAUUGCAAAAGAUAAAAGCAGAGGAUGAUUCAAGUUUGAGCUAUAGAAGAUCAUGCAGAGAAGGAAUAUGUGGGUCAUGCUCAAUGAAUAUUGAUGGCCUUAACACUGUUGCUUGCCUUAAACCCAUUGAUUCUGAUACUACCAAGCCUACCACUUUGACUCCCCUUCCACAUAUGUUUGUUAUAAAGGAUCUCGUCGUUGAUCUUACCAACUUCUAUGAGCAAUACAAGUCAAUUGAACCAUGGCUAAAGACAAGGAAGAGACCAGAGAACGGUAGAGAGUAUAGACAAUCGCCUCAAGAUAGGAAGAAGCUUGAUGGAUUAUACGAGUGUAUAUUAUGUGCUUGUUGUACAACAGCAUGCCCUGCAUACUGGUGGAAUCCAGAGGAAUAUUUGGGUCCGGCAGCUUUAAUUAAUGCAUAUCGAUGGGUGUCUGAUAGUCGAGACGAUUACACGGAGGAAAGAUUGGAGGCUCUAUUGGCAGAUGGUAAGAAAUUAGACAGGUGCAGGAGUAUCAAGAAUUGUACUGCAGCGUGUCCUAAGAGCUUAGAUCCUGCUUCUGCUAUUAACAUUAUGAGGGCUCGACAUAAGCUUUCUGUGCGCCUUUAA